AUGUCUUCAUUUAGUGCCCUUUUUGGUGGCAGUUCAUCUGCCGAAAAUGUAGACAAGUCUAUUGAGAAUUUAUUCAAAAACUCCACUGGUCCGGUUGAUAAUAGUAAAUUGGUCAGAGAGAGAUCUGUGAUCGAACCAGUGAGAAGAAAGCGCCAAGGUAAGAAGAAGGCAAGCAGCGAAGAAAUUGAAGAAAGCGAAGAAAAUGAUGAAAGCGAAAUUGAAGAAGAGGAGGAGGAAGAUGCUGCUGUGAUUGAAAAAGCAAAUAAAAAGGCAAGGAAGUCAAAGGAUGUCAACGAUGACCUUGAAGCUAAGUACUUCAACAAGUUGUUGCAGGAAGACGAAAAGAAAGUUGACAAAUCUGAACAAAAGGAAGAGCAAGUGAAUGAAACCACCGAAGAAGGUUCUGAAUCCAAGUCGAACUCCGGCUCUGACUCCGACUCAGACUCAGACUCAGACUCAGACUCAGAUUCCGAUGCUGAAACCAAACCUAAUACCAAAACUUCUAAGGCUACCCAGGUUGACCUUAAGGAAUCCGAGCUUGAAAAGGCUGAAAGGACUAUCUUUGUAGGAAACGUUGUAUCCACUGUGAUAACAAAUAAGCAAAUUUACAAGAAGUUCAAGAAGUUCUUCUCUAAGUUUGGUAAGAUCAGCUCCAUCAGAUUCAGAUCUAUAUCAUUUGAAGACGCCGUUCCAAGAAAGGUUGCCUUUGCUAAGAAAUCCUUGCACAACUCAAGAGACACCAUGAAUGCCUACGUUGUCUUUGAAACCAAAGAAGCUUCAUUAGAAGCAGCUAAGAAGAUCAACGCCAAGGUGUUUGAACACAACCACUUGCGUACCGAUCACGUAGCACAUCCUUCUCCAAAGGAUAACAAGAGAACAGUCUUUGUCGGUAACUUGGACUUCGAAGAAAAGGAAGAAACCUUAUGGAGGUACUUCCAAUCUAAAACAGAUGAUGACGUUGAAUCUGUGAGAAUUAUCCGUGAUACCAAGACAAAUUUGGGUAAGGGGUUUGCAUUAAUUCAAUUCAAAGAUACUUUAUCAGUGAACAAAGCAUUAUUACUUAACGAUAAGCCAAUUUCCAAAGAGAGCAAGAGAAAGUUGCGUAUUUCCAGAGCCAAGGCUAACGUUAAACCAUCACUUCUUUCACCAAACCACAUAGACAACACCAAAAAGGCAUAUGCAUCGAACAAGUCCAAGGAAAGACAACAGUCUCUGAAGUUAAAUGACCAACAAAAGACUAAGCUUGGACGUGCUACCACUAUUUUAGGUAAGGCGGACAGAGCCACCGCUGGUAAGUCCAAGGUGAUCAUGGAAGGUCAAAGAGCUACCAAGGGAAGUCUGAUUGCAGGUAUCAAGGGAUUAAAGGGAGCCCGAGUAAAGAAGCCAAGAUUAAGAGAAAGAUCUACUCAAUUCAAGAAGGCUAGAGAAGAGGCUGUCACUGAAGCUAUCAAUAAAGAGAGAGAGUCUUCCAAGUCUGGGUCUAGAGAACAGAGAGGUGACUCAAGAGAGUACAGAGGUGACUCCAGAGGUGAGUCUAGAGGUGACUCCAGAGGUGGUUUCAGAGGCGGUAGAGGUGACUCCAGAGGAGGAUCUAGAGGCGGUAGGGGAAGCUUCAGAGGCGCAUCUAGAGGUGGCAGAGGUGGCAGAGGUGGAUCCAGAGGUGGAAGAAGCUAA